CGAAUCGCAAAGAAUACAAAGGCAGAAAACUCCCCAAUCUGUGGAAUUUCCGGAGACGAGAGCCCAUUCAGAGUGACGAGUUAUCAGCGAACGGCAUGUCGAAGCUCAGGAAUCUGUUGCCCACAAUCUUUGGCGGGAAGGAGGCGGCGGCGCAGAAUCCAGCGGCCCCCGAGGAGGGACGCCUGGAAAGAGAUGCAGCGCCCGUGGACGACGACGGCGAGCAAGAUAACAACAACAGCGGAGCCCUGGCGCUGCCCUCCUCCGCUGGCACGCCCACCGCCUCCGCGGAUCUCACCGAAUCCGUGCUGCGCGAGCUCAGCGAUCCCAACUACAACUCCAUGGACGUGGUGCAGUCCGCCAAUAUUCCGGGCACCCUGAGCAGCGCCCAAACGAACAACACAAUGAACGUGCACAGCGCCCAGCAACAGGUGGUCAUGAACUUCUCGAAUGCCAGCAAUCUGCACUUCGGCUCCGUCUACAACAUCAACCAGAACCUGAGCGCCAGUAGCUCGCGCAAGGGAAGUUGCACGGACGAGGCAGUCGCCUCACCGGAGGGCAAGCAACAGCGCUGCAAUGUCGCCCGCAAAACGGUCAGCAUCGUGACCAUGAUGCAGUCACAGGAGGAGCCGGAUGUGCGUUUGCUCGACGCGGUGGCCACACAUCUGGGCGAGGGAUGGAAGCAGGUGAUGCGGGACCUCGGCCAGUCGGAGGGUCAAAUCGAUCAGGCCAUAAUCGACCACCAAAUGCACGGCAAUAUCCGAGAGGUGAUUUACCAGCUGCUGCUCCAGUGGGUUCGGAGCUCGGAGAACGGUGUGGCCACCGUCGGACGUCUCACAACGCUGCUGUGGGAGUCCCAGCAUCGCGACUGCGUGCAGCGAAUGAAACUGGUUUGGAAGGCACUGGAGAAACGCAAGACCAACAGCUAGCCGGUGAGGAGGAUUCCUCAGCAACGAUUCCAGAACGAAAACGAUGCAUUCGGAGCAGCCUCUCGAUGUCCUGGCUU